AUCACGACUCCAGAAACUACAAUAUGGCAGCGUACAUAGCCGAUCGUGACGGUGAGAUGUGUGAUGAUGUUCCCGAGCUCUCUGACAGUGAUGAUGAACAGUGGCAGCCAAUGGAGGAGGGAUCUGAAAACAUGACAGUCCCAUGUGUGCUGUGUGACAGGACUCUCACUUCUGUCUCUGAAACAUUCAAACACUGUAAGGUGGACCAUGGUGUGGAUAUUCCAGAACUAGUCCGAAAACACAGGCUUGAGGAUUAUGGCUAUAUAAAGAUGAUAAACUACAUUAGAACAACUAAAUGUUCUGCAGAGAGUUUGUUGCUGGUUUCAGGCUCAUUACCAUGGGACAGUGAUGAAUUUAUGAAGCCAGUCUUCCCCGAUGACCUGUUACUACAGAUAGAUUUGGAGGAGUUGAGUGGGGCUGAAGCGGUAACGUUGAGCACCUCUGCUGGUGAUCAGGCAGCUUUGCUGCUUCAGAGAGCCAAGCAGGCUGAAGACAGAGCUCAGAGAGCUGAGGAAGCCCUGGCUCGUGCCAUGGAGGAUCUGCACAAACUCAAAAUGCUGGCACAAGGUCUAGUGCUGAAUGCAGACACAAGCCGUGGCCCUUCAAGCUUAGGGGCCAUUGCUGAGUUGAGAGAAGAUGAAGACGAGGCCUACUUUAGCUCUUAUGGGCAUUACAGCAUCCACGAGGAGAUGCUGAAGGACAAGGCGCGCACUGAAAGCUAUAGAGACUUCAUGUACCGCAACAUGGACGUCUUCAGGGACAAGGUGGUGCUUGACGUGGGAUGUGGUACGGGUAUCCUCUCCAUGUUUGCUGCCAAAGCAGGAGCCAGGAAGGUCAUUGCUGUCGAUCAGUCAGAGAUCAUAUACCAGGCAAUGGACAUUGUCAGAUCAAACAAACUGGAAGACACUAUCACAUUGAUCAAGGGCAGAAUAGAAGACAUAGAGCUUCCUGUGGAAAAAGUGGACAUAAUCAUUUCAGAGUGGAUGGGGUACUUCCUGCUGUUUGAAUCAAUGCUGGACUCUGUGCUCUACGCAAGGGAUCGGUACCUUGCUGAAGGUGGUGUGGUCUAUCCAGACUGCUGCAGCAUCUGCCUGGCGGCGGUGGGGGACACUCAGAAACACAAUGACCGCAUUGCCUUCUGGGAUGAUGUUUAUGGCUUCAAGAUGACAUGUAUGAAGAACGCAGUUGUCCCAGAGGCAGUAGUGGAGGUCCUAAAGCCUGAGACUUUAAUUUCAGAGCCUGCAGUCAUUAAGACUAUUGACUGCAGCACUGUGUCCGUGUCUGAACUGGAGUUCACUGUAGAUUUCACCCUGACGAUAAGGGUCAGCACAUUCUGUACAUGCGGUGGAACGUCAAGCUCUGAGGGAAAGCUGAAUACCUGCAAUGCCAUCGUGGGCUAUUUUGACAUUUUCUUUGACAAGAACUGCGGAAACAAGGUCAUGUUCUCCACUGCUCCAGAUUGCACUAAGACCCAUUGGAAACAGACAGUCUUCUUACUGCAGAGUCCUAUCUCUGUCCAAGCUGGAGAAGAUCUUCCAGGUCACAUUGCAGUACAUAAGAACAGAAAGGACCCCAGGGCACUGCUAAUUACAGUCACCCUUGCUGGCCAGAAGCAAACCUACAGCCUACAGUGAGGGGACUUGUUUUAUUGAGGGGAAAAAGCAUCCAGUUCUUAAAGCAAUCCAGUCUGUUAUAACUGAAGCAUUCUAUUAAAAAGUGUCUUUUCUACAAAACAUCACUCAUGGAUGGUGUGUAUUAUAGACCAAAAGUUGUCAAUGCUUUUUGUCCAAGCUGAUCUUACUGUGACACACAUAACAGGACUAUAAUACUGAGUCAACAAUUUGUAUAAUUAAUGAAGCACUGGCUUUCUUUUAAGCCACUGAGUUUUCUUGAGGUGCUUAAAUGCCUCCAGCAAUGGAGGAAGUCUUAUUUCCCUUCUGUUUGAAUAAUGACUGAAUGAGUGUCUUAACAAAUAAAGGCUGCCAUUGAA